GCUGAGGGUGUCUGGUGAGGCGAGUGGAAGUGUUCCCCGCUCACGCGAAGAGAGGGAGGCGAGCUGGAAGAAGCUGUGUGAGGAGAUCUGGGCCAUGGACAUUGAGAAGACCAAGGCAGCCAUGCCUGACUGGAUAGUGGCCAAGUAUGCUAAGGAUGUUGCGAAGCUGGCUCGGAAAAACGUCCCUGUUGCAUCUGCAGCAGCAGCGAGUGUAGCAGAAUCAGCUGCACCAUCAUUGAGCCCAGUGAAGGAGUUGGUUGCGCCAUCGGUGAGCCCAGCUGCGGAGACGGUUUGCCAGGUGCAGUCUGAAAGCAGGUCAGGCAAGAACGAGUUGAGCAGCAACGGGCUUAUCAUGUGUGGCGAGGCGAGUGGAAGGGUGUUGCGUACACAUGAAGAGUGGCAAGCCAGCCACGCUGAAAAGAGAGGCGAGGACUGUGAGAGAGGGGCAGAGAGGGGGAGGGGGAGAGAGGGGGAGAGAGGGGGAGAGAGGGGACAAAGGGAGAGAGAGCGGGAGAGAAGGCGAGAGAGAUGGAGAGAGUGGGUGAAGGGGGGAGAGGGGGGGAGAGGGGGAAGAGGGGGGAAGAGGGGGAGAGGGGGGAGAGAGCGGAAGAGAGGGGGAGAGAGGGGGAGAGAGGGGAGAGAGGGGGAGAGUGGGGGAGAGAGGAGGAGAGAAGGGGAGAGAGGAGGAGAGAGGGGGAGAGGGAGAGAGAGGGGGAGAGAGGGGGAGAGAAAGGGAGAGAGGGUGAGAAAGGGGGAGAGAGGGGGAGAGAGGGGGAUAGGGGGAGCUUAUGCGGAAAAGUGCAAACGAGGGGCACCUCUGUGAUCCUCACAUACAAGAUCACAGCGCAAGGCAUGGCCCAGCCCCCCUCCUCACCCCCAGCCAUCGUCACACGCA